GUGUGUUUCAGGAAGCAUAUACGUAGUUUUAAAGGCAGUGAUGUGCAGCAGACACACUUCCUCUUUGUGGUCUUCAUAUAUGCUGGCUUGAACUUUUCUGCUCAUUCUUGGUUUUGGCUUCGAGUUGUGAAACAGCUUUUGAUAAGUUUGAUCAAAAUGAAGAUUGCAGCCUUCAAUGCCAAAAACCUGGGGAUCAAGAAAGUCACAAACAAUGCAGUGGUCAAGUAUCUAACCCAGAUCUUAAGUCGGUACAGUGUGGUGGUGGUCCUGGAGGUGAUGGAUAAGAGUGGAAAGGCCAUGCAGAUUUUACUGGAGAAGUUAAACAGCCUGAGCUCUAACAAAAAGAGUCCAUAUUUGAUGGUGUCCAGUUGCCCUUUGGGACGAGACAGCUACAAGGAACAGUUUGUCUGCUUCUACAGAAAGGACAAGGUGUCUCUGAAGGCCUGUUACCAGUACGAGGACAACCAGGUUGGAGAUAAAGAUGCUUUUGCCCGAGAACCAUUUAUCCUACGCUUCAACUGCCCAUCAACAGUUGUGAAAGACCUAGUUCUGGUCCCAGUGCACACAAAACCAGAGGAUUCCCUGAAGGAGCUGGAUGAGCUGCACGAUGUGGUUCAAGUCAUUAAAGACACCUGGGGAAGCAAUAAUAUAAUGAUUUUAGGAGACUUUAACGCAGACGGACGGUAUCUCUCCAAAAGGAAACUUGAAACCAUCAGGAUCCGCUCGGAGGCGUACCACUGGCUGAUCCACGAUGACGUCGACACCACCAGCAGUAACCGUAACGACAACACUUACGACAGGAUUGUGGUGUAUGGAGAGAAGAUGCUCCAUGCUGUUGUACCAGGUUCAGCCCAGACUUUUAACUUCCAAAAGGAGUUCAAACUAGACGAUGACACAGCUCUGAGCAUCAGUGACCAUUAUCCUGUGGAGGUCACUCUCAAAACUGGUCCAAAAAAACUCCCUGUGUCUGUGAAGAGGAGAACCCCAAAAACACGUGACCAUCAAGGUGUCAGAAAGAAGAGAUCUGCUCCAAAAAAGCCGAGAGGACAGUCCGCUGAAGGGUCCAACUCUCCAGUCAAGAGAAGACGCGUCCAGAGGAGAUAGACUAGACCGUGCUUAGAUAUAAAUACUUCAUAUUCCUUUAAUAUUAAAUGUGAUAAUUUAAACAUAAUUACACUUUUAAUUUAUUUAUAUUUUUUAUAUUUUAUUUAUUCCUGCAUGUUUGCAUUUGAGGCUUGAGUGCCUUGAAAAUGUUAGUUUUCACCUACCCCCUGUGUGCUAUUUAAACAAUUCCAACUCUUAAAUGUAGGGUACACAAUGCGGAUUACAAUGAAUAAAAGGCAAAAGAAUGUUCGAAACCUGGAAAUUAUAGCUGUUAUAGGUAAGUUACACUUUACUUGCGUUUGACUGAUCCUUCAAUGCCACUGGAGCAACUUGUGAGGAGCAGUGGGACUGAUCUCUAGAUCUUGUUUCUAGCCUUGGACAGGAUCUUAGCUGGUUGAUUGUAUUAUCGAUUGUAUUAUCUCUAGUUGACAGGGAAAAACUGGAGUGUCCAGAGGAAAUAGGAUGUUGAAAAUUUGGCUGGAUUGGAUAUCAGCUUCAGACUAUUCACUGACCGUAAUUUGUCCAGAAAGUUAGAAUUUUAAUUUAUACAAAGCUCUUUUAUACAUACCUCAGAAAUAAAUAUCAGCUACGUUUGGA